AGAAAAAUUAAGAAAAUUGUGAAAAGAACAUGGCGGCUGUCGCAGCAACAGCCGAUAUAAUGAUUGAAAAGGAUUCUGAAAUUUUAGUAAGAGUAGAAGAAGCUUUAGCUGAUUUAAUUGUUGUCUCUUACUGCACAGACGAUAAAAAGUUCCAAGGUGUGCUAUUGGACGCUAAUAAAGGCACCCUGCCUUUUGGAGUGUACAGCCUCCACCCUGCAUUUAAUAAAGACAAUCCGCUGUCCAACAAAGAUGAAAAACUACAUUCCGUUAGUCAAAGGUUCACUUACCAGGAGCCUCAGUAUGCGACUGAAAAACCCCAGACCAAGAAGGUUAGUGCUAAGGGUAAGGCCCAGCCGAGACAAAAGAUGACCGUCAGGUUAAGACCUAGAAAGGUCCUGUGUUCAAACUGCCAGGGAAUAUGCAAUGAAAACAAUGAGAAUGUGCAUGUGAAGAAGAGGAAACUGGACGGUAAUGCUUCAGACGACGCCCCGUACGAGGCGAUGGGGCGCGAUGCAGAGAAGAAGUUCCUCAUGGGCAGCAUGCUCAUACCAAAGCUCUCCCGGCUACAGCCACAAGAAAUCUCUAAUGCCAUUAAAGGAAACAAAAACUGUGAUGAGUUGGGCAGAGAUAUAGAAGGAAGAGGGGAAAGAAGUUGUGAUAAUGACAGGGUACCACACGAAGUAGCAUUUGUUAAUGUUAAUGAAGACAUUAAUAUGAAUUGUGAUAUUAAAACUGAUACUGCUAAACAAGACAAUGAUGCACCCUUCAACUCAAUAUUUACUAACAAAAAGACUAUAAAAAUAUGUUUUGGAGAAGGAGAAGGUACAGUAGUCAAAAUACCUGCUCUAGUCGGUGAUUACAAUGAGGAUUCUGGAGUCUGUGAUAUGACAAAGCAAUCUGAACUGAAAGCAGCCAAAAAAGCCCUGAAAAAGGCUAAGAGGCAAGCAAAGAAAAACAGCGCAUUAGGUGUGAGAACAGGACUGUCCCCUAAACAUAUAGGGGCACUGUCACCUCGAAAUAAUGUGGACACAGCACCAUGCACACUCUCAAUAGACAAGAAACACAAACACAAAGUGAAACAUAAAAAGAAAAACAAGGAAAGAGACGAAAACACAAGCAAAGGCCCUGAAAGUGAACCAAUCAACUACUUUAGUGAUAUAAAAGGAAACUGUAAUAAGCAGAAGCCAGCUGUUAACUUAAGGAGGCCAAGUAGUCAUUCUCCUGAAGAAAAGGGUGAAGAGAGUGGAUCUGAAGGGUGGGAGAGUGAUGCUGUGCCGGACUUUCCAGAAGAUUCCACCGAGGGUGUUGGCGGGAAGCACUUGCCGGUGACUCCAGGGGACAUUGUCUGGGGCAAGGUGGUGGGGUUCCCAUGGUGGCCGGGCCGGGUGCUCAGCGUCUCACUUGAGUCCAAGGCACAUGUAGCGUGGUUUGCCUCUAAAACAUCAUCCAUGAUACCCUGCGACAGCCUGAGCCCUUUUCUAGAAGAUUAUAAGGUCCGCUUUAACAAGAAGAAGAGAGGUCCAUACAAGGAGGCUGUGAAGCAAGCCACGAUAGAAGCCAAUCAGUUGUUGUCUCACAUUGUGGACCCGCUGGGGAGCCCCUCACACAGCCUGCCCACCGUCUCGCCACGGCCCAUCAAUGUUUUCUCUUAAGGUUACAUUGCUUGUGUAUGGCUAGACUUUCAACUGCAGUAUGUAUUAAUCAAUAUUAAGGUGAUGUAAAAGUAUGACCUGAGCCAUACAAUUAUAAUAGAAGGUAUUUGCUGUGUAUCUACUCUGUAAAUUGUUAGAAUUAGUUAAGAAUAUUUUUAAAACACGCUUAAAAUUGAGGUAAAUUGUACCGCCGAAUUUAUUCAAAUCAUUGUGAUAUUUAACUCAAAAAUAUGUAGGUUAUUCAUACAUGUAUCUUUAUGAUUAUGAAGCACAAAAGAGAUUUCUCAAAUAUCUCACUUCCUGAAAAAAAUUGCAAAGAUGUACCAAAAAUACUAAAGUUAUUCUAAUGAGGGGUUAAUAAUAUUUAUUCAUAAUAUUCUGUCCAUCUAGCUCUGCCUACAGUUUAUACAUAAUUUUACAUACCGCACCGCAUUAUAAUUUCAGUCAUGUUCUAAUUUUAUAAAUGACUCAUCCUUUACAUUUACAUGGAAUUUCUUAGUAACAUGCUCAACAGGCACUAUUUGUUCGUUUGCAAUGUUCUCUCGUCUUUACAUUGUACCCAAAUACAUAUUACAAUUAUAACGACUUCUUAAAUUAGUCAUUAUGACGGUAGUUUUUUAAAAAUAUUUUAUAAAAGUUGAUCUGCUCUCCUUUAACCACUUUUGGAACAGUAUGGUAUUUUUUUAAACUCUGUGCAAUACGGGUUUGGUUACUACUUUUUAUUUUUAUUAGGAAGAUAUAAAAAUAAACCACUGGUAGAUAUCGCAACUUUACUACAAUACCUAACCAACCUAACUUAAAAAAAACAGUGCGACCAUGUAUACCUUGUUUAUGUUUUUAUACUUGCUUUUUUAUGUAAUUUUAUAAUAUUUGGUUCUGUAUUUUACAAAGUGAUAUCAUCAUUAUUAUUACAGAUAAGUGCGUUAUUUAUAUCACUGUUCCUCCACCGGAUUAUUUAGUAACUAAAUGUUAUUAACUAUUAUAUUUUAAACAUGAACUGUGCUACCACAAA